AAUGGUGCGGUGAAAGGGGUUUCCACACUGGUAACCAGGAAGGACGUGGCCUGUCUCAUUUUUUCAGGGAGUAGAUGAGGGUAAACAGGCGUUCAGCCGUGGGCGAGUGGCCUGAGACUGUCACUGGGACCAGUUCUCAGGGCUCCCUGUCCCUGGGGGAGCAGGGGAGCUGCCGUGGACACUGCCAGGCCGAGGCCCACACGGGGGCCCCACCGCGAUGGCCGUGGGCCGCCCCACCAGUGCGGUGCCACGGAGCGAGGCUGGGAACCGGCACAGGAAGAAGGCGGCUGCAACAAGCAGAGGCUGCCCUGAGCCCUAAAAUGUGACUCCUCACAUGAUCCCAUCGUGACUGGGGCAUCCCGGUGGGGCUCCGGCUCACCGGCCCAGACAGAGCUCCCGGCUUCCAGAGUGGCGGCACACAGCAGCCAGCCCCCGUGUCCGUGUCGUGUCCGUGUCUCCUCCAGAGAGGCCGCAGGGACCAGCACUCCUGUCCUGGAGGAGGGGGAUGGAGGAGGGGGAGAAGCGCCCCCUGCUGCCCCAGGAUGCUGGGGGCCAGGAGCCGCCCGGCCCUGCCAGCUGCCUGGGUUCCAAGAGCCAGGAAGGAUGGGCCUGGGGGGCAGGCCUGGGGGGAAGUGGGGCCCCCUCCCCGCUCUCUCUCCCGCUGGGGAGCCGCUGCCUCCAGUGCCUGAUCUUUCUGUGCAACUUCCUCUCCUCUCUGCUGGGCCUGCUGGCCCUGGCCGCCGGGCUCUGGGGCCUGGCUGUCAGGAGCUCCCUGGGGAGCAGCUGGGGGGGGCCCCUGCCUGCGGACCCCAUGCUGGGGCUGGUGCUGGGCGGGCUGGCGGUCAGCGCGGUCAGCCUGGCGGGCUGCCUGGGCGCCCUCUGUGAGAGCGCCUGCCUGCUGCGCUGCUUCUCGGGGGGCCUCCUGACCUUCCUGGUGCUGGAGGCCCUGGCAGGGGCCCUGGUGGCAGCCCUCUGGGGCCCCCUGCAGGACGGCCUGGAGCGCGCCCUGUGGGUGGCCAUCACCCGCUACCAGGAUGACCCUGACCUACGCUUCCUCAUGGACCAAGUCCAGUUCGGCCUGCAGUGCUGUGGGGCAGCCUCCUACCAGGACUGGCAGCAAAACCUGUACUUUAACUGCAGCGCCCCCGGCAUCCAGGCCUGCAGCCUGCCCGCCUCCUGCUGCCUGGACCCCCGCGAGGGCGGGGCCUCCGUCAACCAGCAGUGCGGCCUCGGGGCGCUGCGCCUGGCGGAGGCGGCGGCCCGGGCGCGGGUGCACGUGCAGGGCUGCGGCGCGCCGCUCGGCCGCUGGCUGCGCGGGGCGGUGCGGGCGGCGGGCGGCGCGGCCAUCGCGGCGGCGCUGGCGCAGGGCGCGGAGCUGCUGGCGGCCGCGCACCUGCUGCGGGCCCUGGGCGGCCGCCAGGGGGCGCCGGGGAGCUGCGGGCCGCGCGGCCGGGACCUGUCCGCGACGGCCUCCCGCUGACCUGGGCUGCAGCCUGGACACCGCCUCCUCCACCUGCUGCGCCUCCGCCCGGGCUCCCCGCCCUCGGUGCCCGCCUGGAACUGCUGGCACCGGAAGGUGAAGCCCAGCCGCCGCCUGAUUUCUCCCUUAGAGGCUUUUGCCCCUGGGACCCCCCUCCCCCAUGGCAACAUCCCCUCCC